CAUCCGCUGGAUGGAAGCACGGUGACAUUAACGCGAAGCGAUGCACAGGAAGGAAGGAAACAGGCAAAGAAGAGAACGCGUUUGAAGCGGUCAGGCAGGCGGAGAGAAACGGUUGCCCGCCCGUCUGUUUGCCCCCGAAAAAAGCGCCUUACUGCGGCUGUUGCUACGUGUGACAUUCAGCCAUGGCGGGGGAACCAGCCGCCGAAAUCCAACAACUCAGAGGCCUGAAGGCCAGGCUGAUAGAAAUUCUGAGUGCAGAUGCCGAUUUCGUCCUCCAGCAUGCAGACUCUUCCUCAUUGCUGUCCAAUAGCGGCUACCAGCAGGUGAGAGCUCGCACUGUUCCUCGUGAGAAAGUGACAGACCUGUUGGAUCACAUCAUCCAGAGGGGUCCUGAAGAAGCACGGGGUCUGCUGGAACUGCUGAAGGGACCGGCACUGCAGGAAACCUUCCCAAUGCUUCGCUUUCUUAAGGAUGGGAAGAUAAACACACCGUCUACAGGUGUACGACUUCCUAACUCAGAAGAUACCGUUCCAUCCAAACAGAUCUGUGAGAAAAGCCCUGGCUUAGUUAAGGAGAAGCAGCUGAUGGAGGUUGCUUGUGCCAUCGGCAACUCUUGGAAGAAGAUCGGCAUACUCGCUCUGGAAAUCCCCGCUUUGAAGCUGGAACAGAUUGAAAUAGACCAGACGCAACAUAUCGACAGAGUGUUUCAAAUGCUGCUCUUCUGGAGAACGCGCCAGAAGACGAACGCCACCGCUGCUCACCUGCACAGGCUGCUCAGUCAGGAACACUGUGGACUGCCACCCGAAAGCAUUGCCCCACUGUUGGAGGGUGACUGACAGCUUCACUUUCUAGUACUGCAACCAUAUCUUACCUGCGAAUGAGUGUGUAUCUCUGGUCUCAUAUUAGGAAAAACAACACUUGAAGACGUUUGUACUGGAAUGGAAUAAACCCAGUGUAAUUUGGUACCACUGAGGCCUUUAGCUCAAGGUUCCUUGUGUAUAGAAUAUGUAUAAAAUGUUUUCAGCCUGAUGUUUAAACUGUAAUUUCACUAGACCAAAUCAUGUGACUAGAGUAGAGCUUGUCUGGCCAAUUGUGACGCCUUUGCGCUCAGAUAUUCGGUUCCGGUCAAUGAGCUUCCUUUUCUACUUUUCUCAAACAGUUUUAUAUUUUGCUUUUUUUCAUGUUGCAAUAAUACAGAGUUUUGUUUUAACAAAA